AUGCUGGCUCCGAAGAAAGGCCUGCUGUGCAACCUCAACCACAUCCAUCUGCAGCACAUCUCCUUGGGGCUGCACCUCUCCCGGCACCCAGAGCUCCAAGAGACCUCUGCCUCCAUGGGUGGAGGAGACCAGACCGGCUGCAGCGACUGCCCACAGAACUGUGAGCAAGUGGAUGCCAAUUCCAACAACCCCUCCUUGAAAUGCCGGUGUUGUGAGUCCCACACUCAGCAGCCGGUGACGUUGGGUCUCCAGAACCAGGCAGCUCAAGAGGAUUUCCCCUACCUGCAUGCUGGGGAGGAGGUGGCUUCCCCUUGUGAUCCCCCUUGUGAUCUGGCUUCCUCCUCCUCCUCCUCCUCCUCUGUCAGUAGCUGCUCAGAUUUCAGCUUGGAUGACUCCCCUGUCUCCGUGUACUGCAAGGGGUUCUCCAGAGAAGAGUCGCGCUCCCCUGAAAAUCAGCCCAGCAUCAUUCCCGUAGAAGACAGCCAGUCCUUGGCUGGCCAGGGUAGGACCUGUGAUGGAAGAGAUGCCAACCUCAACCCACCGCUGCUCCAGAGGUCUGGAGCCUUGGCUGGGGAGAGCCCGGACAGCCUCUGCAGCGCCACCUCACUUGACUCCCAGCGUGAUGAGACCUCUCCCAGCACGGUGGUGCGGGAGCCCACCAGCAUCUGCGCCCACCUAGACCCUAACUGCAACUCCCUCCCCAACCCUGAUGCUGUGCCUCUGGCACCACCAGCCCCAGGAGAGCGGGAUCCCGCUCUGCUGAUCGCCGUCAGCACCGCCGUGGAUAAGAUUAUCGCCCACUUCAGCGCUGCGCGGAACCUGGUGCAGAAGGCCCAGCUGGGAGACAGCCGGCUCAGCCCAGAUGUGGGGUACCUGCUGCUGCACACCCUCUGCCCUGCGCUCUAUGCCUUGGUGGAGGACGGGCUGAAGCCGUUCCAGAAGGAUGUUAUCACAGGCCAGAGGAAAAAUUCCCCCUGGAGCGUGGUGGAGGCCUCCGUGAAGACAGGCCCCAACACCCGCUCUCUCCACUCCCUGUGCUGGCACGUGGCCGGGCUGGCCCCUCUCAACAGCACCAGGCAGAAGUUUCAUGCCUUUAUCCUCGGUCUUUUGAACAUUAAGCAGCUGGAGCUGUGGAUCUCUCACUUGCAGAAGAGCCCAGGUGUAAUCUCUGUGCUCUAUUCACCCACGGCCUUCUUCGCCCUGAGCCAAGGCCCUCUUCCCCACCUCGCCGAUGAACUGCUGCUGCUCAUCCAGCCCCUCUCAGUGCUGACUUUCCACCUCGACCUGCUCUUUGAACACCACCACCUCUCCGUGGACGUAAGACCUUUGUCCCGUCGGCUGGAGUCACCCCUACCUCCUGCCCAUCGCUCCGCUCAGGCUCGGGGGCCUGUGCAGCAUUCUCCGGAGGGCCAAAGCGGUGCUGCAGGGGGAAGCCUGGAAGAUGAGAUUCCUCCCGACACUGUGGGGAGGGCAGUCGAGGCAGAGGGCAGCGCAGGGUCCCAGUCCCAAACAGCUGUGCGGGGGCUGGUCCCUGGUCCCGAGGUGGGGGCUGCCCUGCAGCAGACCUUCCAGCACGUGUUGCGGUGGGGCGACCAGCUCAGUCGCAAUCUCCUGGGAGCUGACAGCUCCCCGGAGACCCACAGACCCGAGGCAGGCCCUCGGGAUGCUGGGGCUGGCCUCAGUGGCUGGUGGGGCCAGCUGAGCCAGGCCUCCAGGGUUUACGCUGCUCCUACCAAGGAAAAGUUCCCCUUCGUCUGGUGGACAAAGCUGCGGACGGCUGCGGGGGAUUCCAGCCCCGGCCAGACUGCGCGAGCCCAACCAGCCGGGAAUGAGCCCAGAGGCACGGAGCUGCAGCUCCUUCAGACCAAAGCUGUCCCUGAACUCUCCGGGCCAAAGCCCAGCAGCAGUGCCGACACCUCUGGGACCUCUUCCCCCGAAGACCUCCUCGUGCCUGCUGGAGCUGGAGCACCCACCAAGCCAGAUGAUCCCGCUGCCGGAGAGAAACUCCUGGCUGUUUCCCCAGAGCCUUGUGUGACUAGGAAUCGCGCAGCACCUUCUGACCCAGAGGCGGGUGGUCCUCCCGGUCCUGACAAGGGCAGCUGGCUGGGCCGGCUCUUUGGAGCCACCAGUCCCUCUACCAGGAGCUUCCCUCCCAGUCCUGAGACCGUCUCAGCUAGGUCCAGGAGACCUUCCAGCUGGCUGACCCCCAGUGCACGUGUCCUGGCUGGGGUGGUGAAGGGGCUGGCGUCUGAGAAGACCCAUGCUCAAGACCAGCCCGAGAAGAACACGUCUGACGCGCCCCAGGUUCACAGGGCAGUUCGGGCGCUGUGUGAUCACACGGGCACCGCCGACGGUCACCUGAGCUUCCAAAAAGGGGACAUCCUGCAGCUGCUCUCCACGGUGGAUGAAGACUGGAUCCGUUGCUGCCAUGGAAACAACACCGGCCUAGUUCCUGUCGGCUACACGUCGCUCAUUUUGUGA